AUGUCAACAACCGAUGGUACAGUAGCCACCGAACUUGAGGAUACGCCAAGGCAAGCAGACGAGCAGCAAAAAGAAAAAACAGAGCUUGGAGCCGAGCCGAGUACUGAAGAUACAACAAUAAUUAUUCCUAAUCGAAACUCUCCAGGAAGUAAAUCUACCACUAAUCCCGAACAAUACAACCACGAAGACAAAGCGAAACCACUUGGCCAAAUGAAGAAAUCAGUAGGACACAAAAAAGAAAUGAGAGCAGAAGGGAGUAGGAAGGAGAAGAGAAAGAGCACGGAAUCGGGUACUGAAGAGCUAAGAAUUCUAUCAAAUAUGAAAUUUAAACGAAGUCAUCCUACCACUAACACCCAUAAAACCAAUCACGACGACGAAGCAAAAACAGUCGACACAUGCAAGAAAGAGGUACCAGAACAAGAAGCAGGAAUGCGAAUAGAGGGGAGCAGCUCACAGAAGAGACGAGUCUCUAAAGAUCUACUAGCUCAUCCAAAUCACCUCUCUGUCCAAUUUCAACCAGGGAAAUCUCAACGAAGUAACCCCACCAUCAAUGAAGCCCAAAUGGUAAAACUCGAAUCAGAUGAAGAACUCGACAUAAAGCCAACCGAGAAAGAGCUGUUAGCAAAACAAAUUCAAAAUGCAUUCGGCCAAGGUGAUUAUAUUCUGGGAAUCAAACUUGUUAAAAGUUUUGAAGAACUCUUUGGAGAUGAAAUCAAUCAAAACUCAAAGCAUAAAGAUCCUAUGCAAAAAUCAAAUCAGGGUCCAAUUCUAGAGGAUAGAAAACCAUCUGAACUCCCCGUCGACAAACUCAAGACAGUAGAACAGAUUGAGGAACAGAUUGAUGAACAGCUAGCCUCUACGUCCGAAUUGGGUAACAUAGAAAAUGAAGAGAGUUGGCAUUAUCAUGAAUCGGAUUAUGACCCCAACGACACUGGAACUUGGCAACGUUUUGAUGGUGGAUACCAAAUCGGUGGGCCUGGUAUCGAGAAUUACUACUACUGGUCAGACUGA